UAGAUAUCUGUAUAUAUAAGUCGCUCUCGUAGUACGAGAGAGAGAGAGAGGAAGGGUGGGUGGUGUGGAACAACGGGUGGAAGUUUGCACUUAUUUAUUACUUUUUGUAUACCUAGGUGGGUUGUUGUCGUGUUUCUUUUUUUUUUACACUUUUUAUUUAAAAACUGUGAUUUCCAAUGAAAGCUGAAGUUGCUUUUCUAGAAAAUUAAAAUUUCCGUGCACUUUACUUGACAUUUCCAGCAGUUAACCCAGAGAGGUAAGCCCGCCUCUUGGUGGCAAGGACAACUGUUCUUCAGAAUGGUGGCAUCCAGCAGCUUAAACAUUAAAAAUUCUGCAUGUAUUUCUGAACUGAUACAGCAACGCUUUCAGCCAGCACCCGUGACUGAUUUUGACUACUGGGAUUAUGUAGUGCCCGAACCCAACUUUAAUGAGAUGGUGUUUGAGGAACAGAAAUGUCAGAGUCUAGUUAGAAUGCUGGAGAGCUGCCUGUGCAAAUCAAAACAGACUAAACUGCGUUGCUCUAAGGUUCUAGUCCCUGAGAAGCUCACCAGGAGGAUAGCCCAAGACGUCUUGCGUCUCUCUUCCACUGAGCCUUGUGGCUUAAGGGGGUGUGUCAUUCACGUCAACUUAGAAACAGGGAAUGUGUGUAAAAAGCUGGAUAAGAUUGUCUAUGACCCCACUGUCGUUCCUACUUUUGAACUGACGCUGGUGUUCAAACAGGACUGCUGUUCGUGGCCGAGUUUCAGGGAUUUCUUCCCCAGAGCUUGCUUCACUUCCGGCAUCAAACGUACUCUUAUCCUGAGUCCUGGGUUUCGUCUGAUUAAGAAAAAGUUGUAUUCCUUGAUUGAAACAGUUGUUGAAGAAUGCUAAAAGCACACACACAAAAACACCUGUUUUUAACAGUUUAAAUAACUGAGCCUGAAACCCUUAGAAAUAUGAUUUUUAAUUUUUUUUAAGAAGAUUGCGACUUUUGCACAGAUGCCCUCUAUUUAGGCUAGCUAAACCUCAGUAAAGCUACUUGGUACUGGGUAGAAUGAGAAGGAACACAGCUAUUAAUACUUGAAACAUUCCUUGAUCAGCACCAGAAAGUCCCAAUAGCCAACACGAUUGCUGCUUAUUGCUAGCCGCUAUACUAAAUGUUCCCUGUUAACAAUUUGGCAUUCUUGACUCCCACCUUCCUUUUUUUUUUUUAAAGAAAAAAACUAAGUUCUCUAAAUUCAGCUUCUUUAAGAAGAACUAGGGGAAGUUAUCCUUUAUAGCCUUCAAAGAACAAAAACAGCCGGCAGUGUCCUUUUGACAUAAAUACAGGAGUUGGGAACCUUUGGGUCUCCAGGUGUUACUGAACUACAAAGGUCACCAUCCCUGCACAUUGGCCAUGCUGGCUGGGGCUGAUGGGAGUUGUAGUUCAGCAACUACUGUGUUAAUAGGAACCAUGCUUCCAAAUGUUGUUUGUAGCACCAAACACAGAGGUAGAAAGUAUUGGAAGGAGGUGGAACUAAAGUCUUUGUGGGGAACCUGUUCUUCAGCUGUUCCUGGACUACAACGCCCAUCAUCCCUGGUCGUUGGCCAUGCUGGUUGAGGCUGAUGGAAACUGGAAUCCAACAACAACUGAUGUGCUACAGAUUCCCCAUCCUGGAAUGAAAAGUUAAAGCUUGGGUGGCAAAGUAGCUUCAGUUUCAUCCUGCUAGUAUUUUGUGGGGGACUAACAAAAAUUAGCAUACUUCUGUUCUUAUGGGAUCCUCGAGAUGGAAGUGUUUGUGUUAAAAUAGUUUCCCUAAAGGGUCAGUAACAACUGCACUAUAUUUCAAUUGAAAUGUGUAUUUUGAAUUCUGGCUUUUGGCACUAAAUGCUGCAUUUAUUUUUUCUCAGUCUCGUAGAAAGUGCUGGUGGUGUCCAUCAAUGCUCCUGACCUACCUCACAUCUAUUUCUGAAAAAAGAGGGGGGCUAUUGCUCUAGUACACAGUUGCCUUCCAUUUUUGGUGUGAAAGAACACCUCGUACAACCACUUCUUGGGCUUCCCUUCAGUGGUGGUGAUGCCUAAAACGAUUGCUGGUUUUCAGGUGACUGCUUGAUCAUCUGAAAACCACAGCCAGUUGACUUUAUUAUGGUCCCGCAAACGAUUCAUAGUUGACGGGUUCAGAAGUCUGCUUUACCACAGACUGGGAGGAACACUUCGGUUCUCUUUCAGCAGGAUAUUUUUAAAAGGAGUACCCAAUCUGAUGUUCACUGUUGUUUCCCUCUUAGAGUUUCUUGGCUUAGCUAAGGGGAAAUCUACAUGGCCAUGGGAGCAAGAGAGGCCAGCUGAAGAUUUAUUUUUUAUUUUUGCUGACUUGCCACCCAUGUGUACUCCAGACAUGAGCCAUCUAUGAUCCAAAGAGCAACAUAUAUGUGUGUUUCCUAGUCUCCAUAAUCCUUUUGCCAAGGAUGUUCCCCUACUUCAGCAGCAUUAGGAAAAUGUUCCUUAUUAAUUUUAAGGCUAUGAAAGGCUUAUUUCCCUUGAAAGUGCUAAGAUGGAGGUCUUUCAUCUUGGUCAUGCCAAACCUUCAGCUUUUGUCUCUUGCCGGGGCUCCAGCUAUUAAGUUGCCCAUUACUGUCCUUUCAGAAACCCAGUAAUCACAUUGAGGGUGGAUGGGGUGAGGUUUGCCACUCUUUUAGCCCCCAUUGAAUGAAAUUGGCUGCUUGUGUCAAGCAAAGGUAUUGCACUGAAUGUCUUUCUUUAAUGCCUCUUGGCUUUAAACUCCUAUAGCUCACAGCACUGAGAUUUAAGCACUGUUCAUGCAGAUGGGCCAUGUUAACAUACCAGGAUUCGUGGCUUUCUUUGGAAAAAGCACUUCAUGAGGGACCAGAUCCUACCAUACAUAAACACUGAGAAACGGGGAUAUUGAGAAAAGACUGUUGUAGUGGGAAUAGUAGGCAGCAUUGUCUAAUGCCACAGGAAUUUUUGUUUCUGCGUCUGUGCUAGUUUAGCAUUUUGCUAAUAUGCAAUAAAAAGGGGGUGAUCUUGGAAGCUUCUACAGGUGACACUCCUGAUUUCCUUCAAAUGCUAUUAUUGGGGGGGGCAAACUUCUAUGUACAUGGCAUAUAUUUCAGAAAGACUAAUAGACUUGGGCGGGGAGUAUUGCAGAGAAAGGGGUGUCUCUGUUGCCUGAUAAGUUGCAGAAGACUGAAUUUUAAAUAGCUAACAAUGG